GCCACAAAGAGAUUGCAAUCUAAAUUGUAGCAGAACUGCAUUUAAAAAGUAUUUAUACAUUUUAUUAAAUAUUAUUUAAUUCUGUUUAGCAGGUCUGAUAAUACCAGUUAUUGAGCUAUUUGUUCUCUUUUCUAACUUCCCCUUUCUGCAGGCACACCCUCCCUCCUUAUAAAAGCCUACCAGCCAAGGUCAUUACCACAAAAUUUAGAAGUGUAAAUGACAAUUGUACUUUCUUCUUUGUAUAGCUGAGUUGUGUGGUUGAUGUGAGCAAUAUGGCAGAAAGCCACGAAGAAGAUUAUUCUAGCUACUACGUAGAUACAGCACUUCCAGAGAUCCCAGAGGAAGCCGCUCCGUGCAGUUACCAUGUGACCAGCAGAUUCAACCAGUGGUUCAUCCCAGUUACCUUCUUGCUUGUGUUUGUACUGGGCCUUAUAGGGAAUGGACUGGUCCUCUAUGUCUUGAAGAGCAGGCGUUGCUCCUGGCAUUUAUCCGACCACUAUUUGUUCCAUUUGACUCUGUCCGACCUUCUCCUAGGACUUACUUUACCUUUCUGGGCAACACAGUAUGCCUAUGGGUGGGUCUUCAGUUCUAUACCAUGUAAGCUGGUCGGAGCUCUUUUCUCCAUUAACAUGUACAGUAGCAUUUUCUUCUUAGCCUGUAUUGGACUGAACCGCUACUUUGCCAUUGUCCAUGCAGUGGAGCUCCAUAGAAAGCAAAGACCCAUCCACACAUUCCUAAUCUGCGCUGUUGUAUGGGCCACCUCAUGCUUGCUCUCAUUACAAGAGUUUUACUUCCGGGAUGUGGAUUUUGUUGAACAAUCAAAAGCACAUUCUUGCCAUUACAAGUUCAAUCCAGAAACUGCUGAUACUUGGAGGACUACCCUUCGGUUUAUUAACCUCAGCCUAGGAUUCCUUCUUCCACUGUUCCUUAUGUUCUUCUUCUACAGCAGGAUAUUUUGUACUCUUCGAAGGUCCAGACAUGGUCACUCUUACCGAUCACAAGUGGUCAUUGUGGUGCUGUUGUUUGUCUUUGUGCUCUGCUGGGGUCCCUACAAUACAUUCUUGCUUAUUGAUAGCCUACAAAGGUUGGGUGUCAUUGGCCCAAAUUGUUCAUUAUUUAAGAAACUGGACAUAGGACUGACAGUCACAGAGACUUUAGGACUUUCCCAUGUGUGCCUGAACCCUUUUGUUUAUGCUUUCGUUGGAGUUAAAUUCAAGAGUGAGCUUUCAAGACUCUCUAAAAGAGUUUCAGGGAAGGUUGUAAGCUCUGGGUUCACGGGAAGCAAAGAGGAAUCAGGAGUCAUACAAACAAACAAUUCAUAUACUAGAGUCUUUUGAACUACAUUUAUUAUGUUUUUAUGCUUUAAUGUUUGCUGCUCUGCCUAUUAAGGUGGAACAUGGUUUAACAUGACAGAACAAUACAUCAAAUACGUGUUCACAGCACUUAGUGACUCUUCAAUUACAUAGAGCUUCAAUGGACUAUAUAAUAGGCCAAGAUUAUUGUAUUGGCAUUACUAAGCAUUCCACGCUACUUGCGAUAGUCUCACAAUGUGUAUUGUAAAAAUAAUUUUUAGUGCUAAAAUUCAGAUUGUAGAUUAAACAAUGGCAACACUGUCUGUAAGUA